CCAGACAGAACAGAGGGUUGUGGAUUGCUGGGCUUGGCUUGGCAAUUCCGCAAUUCAAAUGCAGCUGCAAACCAUCCGUCAUCCACCUGUUCCACCCGCCCAGCACCGGCAACCAACGGCGGGCACUCGGAGCCCGGAGCCGGACUACUGACUUACACGGACCUGGACCCGACCGGUUGUUCUACACUAGAAGUCGGAUGCUGAAGGCGGGCUCACCAUAACGAUCACAAUGGCAUCUGCCAUGAUGUUCCACAUAUUUUCCAUUUUAUUUCUCCUCUUCACUUCCGUCCUCGCCAACACGGAGAAGGCCAUCUUCCUCGGCCCCGAACCCGUCACCGUCCCCCUCACCCACCCAACCCUCUCCGACCUCCGCCUGCACACCCUCACGCCCACACCCAUCAACGGCACCCUCCGGACCCAGCUCCCCGCCCAGUUCCCCUCCCCGAAACACCCCCAGGGAACGGCGACAUGGCUCAUCCUCGACAACCUCACCCCCAACCAGCGCUAUGAAGUGCGCGUCUGCUGGGCAGCCACGCAACCAACCGACUUCACCCUCACCACCUUCCCGCUCACCACGGUAUGGGACACGCCGGAACUCAUGACCUCCCUGCACGCCUACGCCACGUCGCAGCAACAGAAACUCACCCCUGACGCCAACACCGCCCCGCCGAAGGCAGACAGCGACAGCGGGAGUGGGGAGCGGGAGGCCUCCAUCCUCUUUCUGCGGAUCCUGGCCGCGGCAGAUUACUUCACGACAGACGCGUCGCUGAUGCGCGACGUGCCGCCCGUCGACGUGGACGUCAUCCUGGACCCGUUCCUGUUCAACGUGCUGCCGCGCUCCAUCGCCGGCACGGCGUGCUACAUCGUAGCGGUGGCGGCGGUGGCGUUCCUGGUUGCGAGGUGGACGACGGGGCGGAUUCGGGGGUUGGUUGCCGGUGCGCGGGGGAGUGUCAAGAAGAGGCAGUAGGCUGAUGAAGGGGGCUUGGUUGGGUUGGUUAGAGAGGCUUGCUUGUUGUGACAGUGCUGUAUUCUACAAGACAAAA